AAGGGGGAACUGACUUGCCUUGUUAAAGAAAGGUUAAAUAAAAACAUUCCCGAAUUGGAUGACCAUUCAAAAGAUUUUUCCAUUCGGAGCUAGCUUUUUUUCCGAAUUCCCAGUUGUGUUGAACGCACUGAAGUUGGAGAUUGCCGAGUUCCCAAUUAUUUUGAAUGCAGCGUACGUGAUCAAGAUGAUCCCAAGUGUUUUUCGAACAACAGCCUCAAACUACCAUUAUCUCACUGGACGUGCAAGUAUCGCGACAGUUCUCGAAACGAGGCAGGGUGUCCUGCGGGAGAGAUUUGAGUUGUGUGCCCGAGGUUGCUGACACACUUGCGGCGGUGGCUAAACUUGGGUUUGACUUCCUGUGCAUGCCCCUCUUCCACCCGAGGUUCAGGAGGGAGUUUGAGUUGGACCCCGCCAAAGUCCGAUCAGGAGCACAUACGCGCUCUGACCUUCUGCUCUGUGGGAGAGACUGGAACACUCUGGUUGUUGGAAAGCUUUCUCCAUGGAUCGAGACCGACUCAGAGGUGGAGACAGAACGCAGGAAUUCAGAAGCGGCCCUGGUACAGGAGCUGAACUUCUCAGCAUAUCUGGGUCUGCCAGCCUUCAUGGUCCCUCUGAAGGGCCCUCACUGUGCCAACCUGGCCCGCGUGCUGCUCAACCACAUCCAGACGGGACACCACUCCUGCAUGUUUUGGAUCCGGGUCCCCCUGAUUUCUGCUGACGACAUGCGUGAUGACAUCAUCGAGAACGAGCUGACGAAACACACAGAUGAUGGAAGUGAUGACGAGAAGACCUGGGCCUGGUGGCAUUCAUUCAGAACUCUGUGUGACUACAACAAGAGAAUCUGUUUAGCCAUUGAGGUUGGAGAAAAUAUGCCCUCCGACGCUGUGAUUGACAAGUGGCUUGGGGAGCCAAUCAAAGCAGCCGUCCUUCCCACCAGCAUCUUUUUGACCAAUAAGAAAGGGUUCCCAGUCCUUUCAAAAUCCCACCAGAAAAUCAUCUUCCGUCUCUUCAAGCUUGAGGCCCAGUUCAUCUUCACUGGCACCAGUCGUCACAGUGAGAAGGACUUCCGCUCCUACCUGCAGUACCUUGAAUACCUCAACCAGAACCGCCCUGCCCCCAAUGCCUAUGAACUGUUUGCCAAGGGUUACGAGGAUUACCUACAGUCUCCUCUCCAGCCGCUCAUGGACAAUCUGGAGUCUCAGACCUAUGAAGUGUUCGAGAAGGAUCCCAUCAAAUACUCCCAGUACCAGCAGGCUGUGUACAAGUGUCUGCUCGACAGAGUCCCGGAGGAGCAGAAGGCGACCAAUACACAAGUUUUGAUGGUGCUGGGGGCUGGGAGAGGUCCUCUAGUCAAUGCCUCCCUGCGUGCUGCCAAGCAGGCUGACAGGAAGCUCCGUAUCUACGCUGUUGAAAAGAACCCCAACGCUGUUGUCACGCUUGAGAACUGGAAGUUUGAGGAGUGGGGCGAUCAGGUCACCGUGGUGUCGUGUGACAUGAGGGAGUGGGCGGCACCUGAGAAGGCGGACAUCAUCGUCAGCGAGCUGCUCGGGUCCUUCGGGGACAACGAGCUCUCCCCGGAGUGUCUAGAUGGAGCACAGCACUUUCUCAAAGAUGGUGGGGUUAGCAUCCCCUGUUCCUACACCUCUUUCCUUGCCCCCCUCUCCUCCUCCAAGCUGUAUAAUGAGGUUAGGGGGUGCAGGGAGCGGGACAAGGACCCCGAGUGCCACUUUGAGACCCCCUAUGUCGUCAGACUCCACAACUUCCACCAGCUGGCUGAGCCCAAAGCCUGCUUCACCUUUGUACACCCCACCACAGAUAUGAACAACAAUAGGUACCAGUGCCUUAGAUUCUCUGUGGGAUGUAACACAGUGCUGCAUGGCUUUGCUGGAUACUUCGAGACCACUCUCUACGGAGACGUCACACUCAGUCAAGGUAUCAAGCCAGAGACCCACUCUCCCGGAAUGUUCUCCUGGUUCCCCAUCCUGUUCCCUCUCAAACAACCGAUCCCAGUGACGCGGGAUGAUGAUGUCGUGGUGAGGUUCUGGAGGUGUAACAAUGGGAAGAAGGUGUGGUACGAGUGGGCCGUGACAGAGCCCUCAUGCUCCGCUAUCCACAACCCAGCAGGAAGGUCCUACACCAUUGGCCUGUGAAGACCUCGCACACACUCUCAUAUAUAUACACAUACACACAUACAUAAUUAAACAGGCACUUUGUUGCUAAUGAAGUGCAGGUAGUUUCUCACAAUGUCCAGCAUUUCACCAAUUGGCCUGUAAUAAUGAGCCUGCUCAUACCAUGAAACAUACGAACCAGGAUCAUGGUGACGCUUUAGAUCUGCGAAUGAGAAUCCAAUCAAUGGUUUAGAUGGGACUGAUUUUGAGUCUAUUUUACAGUAUUGUUAAGAGGAGUCAGUUUCAGGCAUGGACCAUCAUUCAAAUACAAUGUUUACUGAGAUGAAGUUACUUGUAUAGCAGGCAGUCAAGAUCUCUUUAGGAGAGUGGAUCUCAUAGACUGUCAGCCUUUUCUGUCUACGUGGGUCGUCAUCCGUUCCUCCCUCUGAAGAGAAUCUUUCUUUUUAUAUAUAUAUAUAUAUUGUUUCAGUCACCUGGCAUCGCAGUCACACAGACUUGCCAACAGGACCUCAGCCUUACUGACAACCACACCUGGGUCAAACAUGUACUUGUUUUUGUUAUGGUUAUGGUUAGGGUUAAUAUUUUAGGUGCCAAUGGAAUAGUCCCAAAAACACAAACUCUGGCAUGCUGAGCAAGCUAAAUCAAGCGUACCUCAAGUAAUUGAAAUAUAACAAGUAUUUAUUUGGUCUAGGUCUGCUGAGCACACAUUCCAAGCUACAACUCGGAUGAGAUGGCUCUAAAUUGUCACUCAACACUUACCUGGUUACAACUCCGAUACUGCAGGGUGUAGGAGACGGCCUUGUCAGGAUGUAUGUUUUUCGGUUGUUCAUUUUCUGUUUUUGUUUUUGUCUGAGCCAUGUUGUCAAUAAAGACAAUACUACUAGAUA